CUUUCUUUCCAUUACCACUGAAAGAGUAUAGCUGUCAGUGCGCGUCCUGAGGAGGGCGCUAUUGCGCCGUGAAGUUGGGGAGGAAAUGGCGUCUCUUUGAGCGGCAUGUCGGAGAUGAAGAUGAGCGUUUAGAUGCUAAAGCUGCGGACAGGUUGCUCUGAACUCAGACUGACUGUAACCGACAGAACCUACGGAGUGAGACCGAGAGGAGCGCACCCAGAGAGCAGCCACAUGGAAGGCAAACCCGCGACCCCCGCGGUACUGCAGCCCCGCUGGAAGCGUGUCCUAGGAUCGACGGGUCCAGUCCCGCGACCCCGGCACGGACACAGGGCCGUGGCCAUUAAGGAGCUGAUGGUGGUGUUCGGCGGGGGAAACGAGGGGAUCGUGGACGAGUUGCAUGUCUACAACACAGCGACCAAUCAGUGGUUCAUCCCUGCAGUCCGUGGCGACAUUCCUCCUGGCUGUGCCGCCUACGGCUUUGUGUGCGAUGGGACGAGGCUGUUGGUGUUCGGAGGGAUGGUGGAGUAUGGCAAAUACAGCAAUGACCUGUAUGAGCUGCAGGCGAGUCGCUGGGAGUGGAAACGUCUGAAGGCCAAAGCUCCGAAGAAUGGCCCGCCACCCUGCCCCCGUCUCGGACACAGCUUCUCUCUGAUUGGCAGCCGGUGCUACCUGUUUGGUGGACUAGCCAAUGACAGUGAAGACCCCAAAAACAACAUCCCCAGAUACCUGAAUGACCUGUACUGUCUGGAGCUGCGGCCAGGCUCCAGCGUGGUCGGUUGGGAGAUUCCAGCAACUUCUGGCCCACCACCUCCACCCAGAGAGAGUCACACGGCAGUGGUGACGACCAGCCAUGGGACGAGCAGGCUGAUCAUCUACGGAGGGAUGAGUGGCUGCCGGCUGGGGGACCUGUGGGUCCUCAACAUAGACACUCUGGUGUGGAGCAAACCAGCCCUUGGUGGGACAGCCCCCCUGCCCCGCAGUCUGCACUCCGCCACCACCAUCAACAACAAGAUGUAUGUGUUUGGAGGUUGGGUUCCUCUGGUGAUGGAUGAUGUUAAAGUGGCGACUCAUGAGAAGGAGUGGAAGUGCACUAACACACUGGCUUGCCUCAACCUGGACACAAUGUGCUGGGAGACAGUGCUGAUGGAUUCUUCAGAGGAGAACAUCCCCAGAGCUCGAGCAGGACACUGCAGCGUCGCUAUCAACUCCAGACUUCACAUCUGGAGCGGCAGAGAUGGAUACAGGAAGGCCUGGAACAACCAAGUGUGCUGCAAGGAUCUCUGGUACCUGGAGACUGAGCGUCCCUGUGCCCCCUCUCGGGUGCAGCUGGUGCGGGCGAACACUACUUCUCUGGAGGUGAGCUGGGGGCCAUCACAGACUGCAGACACCUACCUGCUACAGCUGCAGAAGUACGACAUUCCUGCCACACCCGCGGCCUCCUCACCUGCCGUCAGCCCUGCCCCCACUGUUGCCACACCUGGAGCCAGCUCCCCCAAGAGCUCUGCCCCUGUCGCAGCAACACCAGCCAACCAGACUGUCCCGCUAUCCGGUAUCACACUUGUCCCCUCUCCCGCUGCCUCUGUAGCUGGAAGCCCAUUGGCUGCAGCUGCUAAAAUACCAGCAGUCCUGAAAGUGCCAGCAGCUCCAGGUGCAGCAGGUGGAACCUCCAUCGUCACAGUGAGACAGGCCACGCCCAAGUCCCCAGUUGCUGUAACAACACUUCCUGCAGGUGUUCGUAUGGUGGUACCUGCUCAGCCUGGCCAAAUGCCAAUCGGCAGCAGUCCUCAAAUGAGUGGCAUGGCAGCGCUGGCGGCAGCAGCUGCAGCGACUCAGAAGAUCCCUCCAUCCACUGCGACCGUGCUGAAUGUCCCCGCAGGAGCAACCAUUGUGAAGACGGUGGCUGUCAGUCCAGGAACAAGCAGUCUGCCUGUCAAAGUGGUAAGUAAUGUGGCCACGGGAAUGUUGAAGACCGCUGCUGCGCAGGUGGGUGGGGCCUCUGUUGUCUCCACCCCUGGGACCACCAGUCGGCCAAUCAUCACAGUCCAUAAGUCGGGCACGGUGACUGUUUCUCAGCAGGCUCAAGUAGUCACGACAGUAGUGGGUGGAGUCACAAAGACCAUCACUCUGGUUAACAGCCCACUAAGCAUGGGAGGAGGCGGGACUCUGCUCAGUAGCCUUGGUAACCUGGGGAAGGUGGUGUCGGUGGUCCAGACCAAACCAGUGCAGAGUGGAGCAGUUACUGUUCAGGCCGGGAGCAGCGCAGUAACUCAGAUCCUCCAGGCGAAGGGCGGUCUCCCUGCAGGAACCAUCCUGAAGUUGGUGUCAUCUGCAGACGGUAAGCAGACCACCAUUCUCAGCACAGCGCAGGCCGGAUCCUCAGCAACCAAACCCACCAUCCUGGGUUUAUCACCGGCAACCUCCAAACAAGGAACCACCAUCAUUAAGACCAUCCCAAUGUCAGCUUUGCAGGGGGGCGCAGGUGGGAACAGUCCGUUCACCAUCCUGACCACCAAGAUGGUGACUCCAGGGACCGCAGGAAAAAUCAUCACCACUGUACCAAAAGUGUCUGCAGGUGGCCAGCAGGGUGUCACACAGGUGGUGUUGAAAGGAGCUCCGGGUACGCCAGGUACAAUCCUCAGGACCGUCCCAAUGAGUGGAGUCAGACUGGUGUCACCGGGAGCUGUCGGCAGCAAGCCUGGCACAGUCACCACACUGGUUGUCAAGGGAGCCACAGGUGUCUCCAAUCUGGGGACUGUUACAGGAACCGUCUCCACCACCGUGGCAGGAGGAGCUGUGGCUCAGGCUAAUGCCUCCUUGGCUACACCAAUCACCACCCUGGCAACCAUCACCGCGCUGGCCAGCCAGGUCACCACAGCAACCGCCACCACUGGACCCAAGCAGGUGACUCUGAUCACGACACCGAGUGGCGCCGAGGCUCAGCCGGUGGUCCAGGAUCUGCCUGUCUCCAUCAUGGCUUCUCCUACUUCAGAAGAACCUGGAAGUACUACGAGUACAAGUACAACAACUACUGCAGAGGGAGAGACUGCUGCAGUGACAAUGGUCUGCUCCAAUCCGCCGUGUGAGACGCAUGAGACCGGGACAACCAACACUGCCACUGUCGCCACUGCAAACAUCGGGAGCACCAACCAAGUUUGCUCCAAUCCACCCUGCGAGAUGCAUGAGACAGGGACGACCAACACCGCCACUGUCGCCACUGCAAACAUCAGGAGCACCAACCAAGUUUGCUCCAAUCCACCCUGCGAGACGCAUGAGACCGGGACGACCAACACAGCCACUGUCGCCACUGCAAACAUCAGGAGCACCAACCAAGUUUGCUCCAAUCCACCCUGCGAGAUGCAUGAGACGGGGACUACCAACACUGCCACAGUGGCCUCGGCAAGCAUGAGCCAAGAGCUGCAGGUGAGUUCAAAUCAGCCUGCAGUUCAGCAGUCUGCUACUGCCGCUCCUCCACCUGCUGUCAGUCUGAACACCUGCUCAAAUCCACCGUGUGAGACCCACGAGACGGGAACUACCAACACCGCCACCACCUCUGGAGUUGGUGGGCUCCAACAGGUGUGUUCGAAUCCACCGUGUGAGACCCACGAGACCGGGACCACCAACACCGCCACCACUGCUGGAGCUGGAGGGCUCCAACAGGUGUGUUCAAAUCCACCAUGUGAGACCCAUGAGACUGGCACCACCAACACCGCCACCACUGCUACAGCUCAGCAGGGUGGAGAUGGCCAGCAGGGAGAGUCCACACAACCUUCCACAUCUGAUCCCGCCUCCACUACAGCCAAUCCGAACAGAGCUGUUACUACUGUUACGCAGGCCACACCCACACCAGGACCUUCCAUACCUGAGAUCUCCUCAUUGGUUGGACAGCCCCAGGCGGAGUCCUCAGAGGCUGUUGCUAUGGACACAGCAGCAGCAAGUGAGGGGGAGGAGCCUAUGCAAUCAGUCAGUCAGUCAGAGGAUGUGAUGUCAUCAGCAGCAUCAGUAUUACAGGUUCAUGUUGAGGGGAGCGAGACAGCAGCACAGAUGGUGUCCUCAGAAGGAGGUCUUCCUCAGGAGCUGAUGUCAUCAGAAGGAGAUGGAAGCGAGGAGGUGUCUAGGACGACGACAACCCUGUUGGUGACAGGGGGACUGACCCCAGAUCAGCUGGCCACAGCAACAGAUGAAGCAGCUCAGCAGUCGACAAUACAGGCAGUACUGCAGGCAGCGGGACAUAUCGGUGACGCUGAGGCCUCCGAUCACUCCAUUCCCAUCGUUCUGACCCAGCAGGAGCUGGCAGCACUUGUCCAACAGCAGCAGCAAAUGCACCAACAAGAGCCAGAACCAGAACCUGAGCCAGAACCAGAGCCUCAGCACAGCAGCAUCCCUACAGAGGGCCUUGCUCCCGCAGACAGCCUCAACGACCCGGCAGCAGACGCGAGCAACGGACAUGAGUUGACAUCGUCGGCGGUAACAAGUGCGGUCGCCCGAUUGGCCAGCACGUUCGGCCCCGCCCCGACUCUGUCAUCAGGUCAGGUGAAGAGUGAAGCAGCUGCUGCGCUGCCGGAGGCGCCCAACGGCAUCACACCGACUGCACCGGCGAAGACUUCGCCGAAGGAGGAUCGGUGGUUCGAUGUCGGCAUCGUUAAAGUCACCAACAUGGUGGUCACACAUUACUACGUCCCCUACGAUGACAACACACCUGAUGACGACUCGGGCACUGUUCCGGACUACAGUCAGAUGAGGAGGGUGGAGCUACAGCCGGGGACAGCCUACAAGUUCCGCGUGGCGGGGAUUAACAUCUGCGGCCGCGGCACGUUCUCAGAGGUGUCGGCAUUUAAAACGUGCCUGCCCGGGUUCCCCGGGGCGCCCUGCGCCAUCAAGAUCAGCAAGAACCUGGAUGGGGCCCAGCUGACCUGGGAGCCUCCCGCCGUCACAUCAGGGAAGAUCACGGAGUACUCAGUCUACCUGGCGAUCCAGUCCAGCCAGGCUGCCUCCUCCAGUUCAGGUUCUGGUCCCACCCAGCUGGCCUUCAUGAGAGUCUACUGUGGCCCCAACCCGUCCUGCCUGGUCCAGUCCUCUAGCCUCGCCAACGCACACAUUGAUUACACCACCAAGCCCGCCAUCAUUUUUCGCAUCGCAGCUCGCAACCAGAAGGGCUACGGGCCCGCCACGCAGGUCCGGUGGCUGCAAGAAACCAGUAAAGACCCCAAAGCAGCCGUGAAGAGACCGGGAUCAGGACCUGCCGCAGACCUUAAAUCUGCCGCACCAAAGAAGUUCAGGACCGACCAAUAGGAGGAGCCGACUUCCUGCUGAAGACUGUGAUUGGUUACUGUUGCUUGGUUACCAGGACCAGGAGGAGACGGGCCUCUUGAAACAAACAAACAAAGACUUGUAGGAUAUUUGUACAUUUUUGAACAAUCAGAACUCUUCUUCUUUUGUUUCUUUCUGCUGUUGUCAUGGAGACAGUGAGGGGCGGAGUCAACAGCAUUUCUCCGAACGGAAGUAAAGUUUGAAUUUAUUUGAGUUAAAUGUAGACGUAGCGCUCUCUCUGAAUGUCUCACAAUCUCUCUGAGGUCGUUUUAAAGGUCACAGGUCUUGGUGCUGUUGGUAGGCAGAGCCUCUGCAGCGGAGAGGGGCGGGGUUUAAACCAGCUCUUGUAAAUUAUUUUCUCCCUGUAGCAUCUUUUUUUUUUUUUUCAUUUUUAUAAACGUCUGUCAGGUUAUUCGAAGCUCCUCUUCUUCUGUGGUUUCUGUUUCUUCUUCUGUUGUACACGGCGUUCACCCAUUGGUCAGUGAAGGAAAUUCAGUCAGACCAGAUGUUUGUGAAUAUUCCCUGAAACAAUAAAGAUUUUUAGAGCAUUUUUUCUUUA